CCAGAAUUUACGAUGCGUCGCAUCUGCCAAGCCAGCUAGGCAGGGGUCUGGAUAUGCGGGCUGUUGACAUCGCCUGGCUCCCGGCAGAAUUCCCAGGUGGCCAGGCGAGAGAUGGAGAAUUCCGUUGCAGCUCUCGCAGCUGCCCUGCCAUGCGAGCACUGUCCAUGGGAAAUUGGAUAAAUAAAGCGGUCCGUCCCCCUCGUCUGACAGCGCUCUAUCGCCAUCCACCACUGCCGGGGUGAAUUUGUUGACAGUGCUUCACUGCUUCCCGAUCAACAUGAGGCCCGCUUCCUUUGCCGGUGUGGCACUGUUUGCUGCUGGCGCUUUUGGUCAAUAUUUCCAGCGUCUGGGUGGCUGCCCUUCCCUGGGCUGUGUCUUCCCUCCCGACCAGGCCGAUUUCCUUCCCGGACAACACUUCGAUAUUCGGCUGGAGGUCCACUCUCCUGUCAAUGGAUCUGAGGCGCGCAAAGGCGUCCCUGACCCUAACUUCAAAUUCACCGUUGGCAAGAAGGGACACAAAGGCGUCGCUGUGACCGAGUUCUUCGACAUCGAGGAUUCCAAGCUCGAGAACUGGCAAUUCACCUGGUAUGAAGAUCUAUUCGCCCAGGAUGCCGACAAGCCCUCCCUUGUCAACGUUACCUCCAAGGCCUACAGAAACCUUGCGCUCUACGAACCAGGCGAGUAUGAGGCUAUCCUGACCUACUACGGCGAGGAGCAGACCGUUGCCAACUGGCUCGUCCGUGAUGUUCCCAAGAAGCGCCGCGCGAAGAACGUCGUCCUCUUCAUCGGCGACGGAAUGACCACCAACAUGAUCACUGCUGCUCGCUUGAUUGCACACAAGAGCAUCAAUGGAAAGUACCAGACCAAGCUGCAGAUGGACAAGUUCCCUGUUCUCGGCCACCAGAUGACCCAUUCCAUGGACUCUUUCAUCACCGACUCUGCCAACUCCGCCGCUGCUCUGUACGGAGGCCACAAGACCACAGUCAACGCCCUCGGUGUCUAUGCGGACUCGUCCGAGGAUCCCUUUGAUGACCCCAAGUUCGAGCUUAUUCCUGAGAUCUUCCGUCGGCAGCACCCCAAUGCUGGUAUUGGUAUUGUCUCUACGGCUUUCCUUGCUGAUGCUACUCCCGGUGCUCUUACUUCCCACACCCGUCUUCGCAGUGAAUAUGACCACGUUAUCAGCACCUUCCUCGACGGUAUCACUAAUUACACAUGGACUGAUUUCGAUGGCCCUGAUGUUCUUUUCGGUGCUGGUGCUGAGAACUUCCUCUCCAGCGAGGACGCCCCGCGCGACUACUACAAGCUGUUCACCGAGAAGGGUUACAGCCUCAGCCUGAACAAGACCUCUCUUGAAGCCGCAUCUAACGAGGACCGCGCCCUUGGUCUUUUCUCCCUUUCCAACCUACCCACCUGGCUCGACCGUAACGUCUACCAGUCUAACCUCAAGGAGCAGGCCAACCACCCAGACGGAUCCGGCCGUGAUGCCGAGGACCUGCCCGGUCUCAAGGACAUGACCCUCAAGGCUAUUGACAUCCUCGACGGCCGUCGUCGCGACGAGGGUUGGUUCCUGAUGGCCGAGGCUGCCAGCAUUGACAAGCAGAUGCACACUCUUGACUAUGACCGCUCCCUCGGUGAGCUCCUUGAGCUUGACGACACUGUCCGCGCCACCAUCGAGAAGCUCAAGAAGCUCGGUUCUCUCGAAGACACGCUUGUCCUUGUCACCGCCGAUCAUGGCCACGGUUUCGACGUCACUGGUGCUGUCGACACUGUCUACCUCGAGGAACAGGAGGAUGACCGUGACAAGCGCCGUGCCGUCGGCGUCUACGAGAACUCUGGCCUGUCUCAGUACACUGUUGGUGGCGCCAAUGCUCUCCGUUACUCUGAGGGUGUUCACUUCCCCUCCCGCUGGGACCCUCGCUACGCCAUCCACGCCGGUACCGUUGCCUUCCCCGACCACCGUGAGAACUACAAGGUCCAUAAGGAUGGCCCUCGUACCCCGGCGGAAGAAGGCGGCGACGAGACUAUGUACGCAAGCUACAAGGAUGCCGUCAGCGGCUUCUUGAUCAACGGAACCCUUGCGCCCGAUGCCGACCAGGGAGUCCACUCCCUAACGGAUGUCCCUGUCUUCGCUCUUGGUCCUUGCCAGGAGCUCUUUGGCGGUACCUACAGCUCCAUCGAUAUAUUCUUCAACAUCGCGGAGUGCCUGGGCCUGGCCGAGACCAAGGGUGGACAUCACGAUGGUGAUAGCCAGCACUAGGAGUCUAAGUAGAACGAUUAUUUGACAUAUUUCCUUCCAACUUUCUCGACGGACAGUCGGGACUGUAUAUUACGUUUCCACAUAUAUAUUAGAACCAAUCAAUGUUGUCUGUUUUCUUUAGUAUGGUUCUGAGAAUUAACCGCAUAAAUGCAUGUAUUUAUCCCAGUCCAUAAAGAUACAGACACUACGCCGUAAUACGGUAUACUAUUUUUCGUCACGGAGCUACGAAUCCGAUUCCACCCG